AUGGCUAAGUCGAAUCUUUUAGAUCUAUUAAACUCGUACAGAGGUUGUUUCGCUUUUACUACCAGUGAAUUAGGAAAGACUUCAAUUGUUGAAAUGCGAAUAAAAUUAAAUGAUGCUGCACCGGUUACCUAUCGUCCUUACAGAUUAUCUCUUUCUGAAAGAGAAAAGGUCAACAGCAUAAUUAAUGAACUUUUGACCAAUGAAAUUAUAAGGGAAUCUGAUUCUGAAUAUGCAAGUCCCAUCAUACUUGUUUCAAAAAAAAAUGGUGACCUUCGACUUUGUGUCGAUUACCGCGCAUUAAAUCGAAAAACCAUCAAAGAUAAAUAUCCGAUGCCAUUGAUUGAAGACCAAAUAGAUAACCUGCAAGGCCAAAGGUAUUUUACUACGUUAGAUCUGACGCAGGGUUACCAUCAGAUCCCUAUGUCAGAAGAUUCUAAACACCUUACUGCAUUUGUUACUCCAGAUGGACACUUUGAAUACAAUCGAAUGCCAUUUGGACUAACAAAUGCACUCGCAGUAUUUCAAAGGAUGAUCCAUAAGUUACUAAACAAACACAAAAUCCCGGGUGUUAUGGCAUACAUGGAUGAUAUUGUUAUCGGGGCAAAGACCAUUACUGAAGGGAUAGAAAAAUUACAUCAAGUUUUAAAUAUUUUGCGUGAAGCGAACUUAACGUUAAAUUUAAAGAAAUGCCAUUUUUUCAAAACCACAAUUGACUAUUUGGGAUUUGAAGUGUCGGAAAAUGGAAUUCGCCCUGGUACACGGAAAACAGAAGCUGUAUUGUCGUUUCCAACACCUCGAAACCCCCAUGAAAUUCGACAGUUUAUCGGGUUAGCCAGUUUCUUCAGAAAGUUCAUCCGCAAUUUUGCUACUAUUGCUCGACCAUUAACUUCGUUAACUAAAGCGAAUACCCCAUGGACUUGGGGGGAAGAUCAAAUUAAAUCUUUCCUUAAAAUUAAAGAAAUACUUACAAACAGGCCUGUGUUAGCAAUAUAUAACCCAACCUACUUGACCGAACUGCAUACAGAUGCAAGUCAACUCGGAAUAGGCGGCAUGUUGUUGCAAAAGGAGAACGAGAAAUCACCUCUUCGGGCUGUCGCAUAUUACAGCCGGCAGACUUCGGUAGAAGAACAACAUUUUCAUUCAUACGAGUUAGAAACUCUUGCGGUGGUAAUGUCCUUAAAUAGAUUUCGUGUCUAUUUGCUGGGAGUUCAAUUCAAGAUAGUUACCGACUGCAACGCUUUAAGGACAGCAUUAACCAAGACGGAUCUUGUACCGAGAUUGCAAGGUGGUGGCUUCUUGUUCAAGAUUUCGAUUUUUCGAUCGAAUAUCGACCUGGUACGCAAAUGCAACAUGCGGACUCUUUGA